AUGUCGAGCGCGCCGCGUCAAAUGUCAGUGUCCUGCUUCCAGGCACUCCUUGCCGUACUGAUAGUCCUCCCAGGUGACGAGACCCGUCCAGUAUGCAAAGCAUGCGGCAAGAAAAACCGUCCCUGUCAGUGGGAGGAGCCUCAUACUAAGUUCAAGGACUACCGGCCUGACGGGCCCUCUUCCAGUCGAUCUGCUGCCGGCGGUACUGAUGAGGAAACCGAGACCAAAGAGGACCUGAUGGAUGUUGACGGUGUCGAUGGGGUCGAUAACAUCAGUCGAACAGAAGGAGCCGUUCGUGCAAACAGUUUCAGCGAGGAAGGCUUGAGCCGGAACACUUCACCGAGAAGGCGGAAAAACAGUCGGACCGAUGGGACAUCGGAAGGCCCAUCGACCAGCGUCUCCUCACCGUCGGCUCAGCUAUCGCCAGGCUCGCCUUACUUUGUUCCCCGAUCUAAGAGCACAACGGGUGGCGUGUCGGUGGCGAGUUUGCUGCAGUCGCACGACCCGGACGGCAUGCCAGAGGGCUCGCUGCCGAUGCAUACCCGCCAGGCCAUGCAGCAGCCGAAUGCGCAUUCGCAUAACCGUAGAGACAUGCCAGAUGGAACUAGAAACUACUCACCCCGGCCUGUUCCUUUGACGCAUGAAGAGGCCUUGCUCGUGCACCACUACACCGAACAUCUUGGCCGCUGGCUUGACUGCACCGACGCCACUCGUCAAUUUACGCUGGGCGUACCGGAGAAGGUCAAACAAUGCCCGGUACUUUGCCAUGCCGUCAUGUCAUUUGCUGCUCGCCACUGCAGAAAAGACGCGACAGCCGAGGCGGCCUAUCAGCGUUGCAUCGCCCUGCUCAUCGAACGAUUGAAUGAGCAAGCUGCUAGCCACGACGAAACGCUUUUGUGUGCGAUCGUCAUACUGCGGUUCUACGAGCAGCUAAAUGUACCGGUUCUGAUGAUGAACAGCACCUCGCAGGCUGUUCGGCCAUUAUUCGAUCUUCUCAGGGAAAUCACUAUGUAG